UUCUUUUGAUAGGGAGUCUUAAUGACAGAGCGUGAGCAUUUAACAAUAAUCUGAUCAAAAAACAUCUUCACAAAGAAACGUGAAUAUACGCCGUUACUAUGCAUAAGGAAAACGCGCAUUCACACACUAGCCUGCACCCUGACUGUAGCAGCAUCGUACAACAGCGGGCCCAGACGAAACGUGUGAUCAUUAACGUCGGUGGGGUUAAACAUGAGGUGCUAUGGCACACGCUACGGCGUCUACCACGUUCUCGGUUAGGCCGUCUUAGGGAGUGCAAUAACCACGAGACCAUAAUGGCAUUAUGCGAUGAUUAUAUAUUAUCGUCCAACGAAUAUUAUUUUGACCGUCACCCGGUAACUUUCAGUGCCAUUAUAAAUUUCUAUCGUACUGGUAAGCUACACAUGAUUGAAGAUAUUUGCCCGAUUUCGUUUGGGGACGACUUGGAAUACUGGGGUAUUGAUGAAUUGUACCUUGAGGACUGCUGUCAACACAAAUACUUUCAAAAGAAAGAGCAAAUAUUGAACGAAAGGAACCGAAUGAAUGAAAGUUUAAUGGACAGAAACCGUGAGAAUUUUGGCACGGGAUGUUUUGCCAAAAAGAGAAGGAAAGUUUGGGAUUUAAUGGAAAAACCUAACUCAUCUUCAUAUGCUAGGGUGGUAGCAGUAAUAUCGAUACUAUUCAUUGUGUUAUCAACAAUAGGACUUUCAUUGAAUACAAUUGAUAACUUUACAGUAAUUGAUGAAAAUGGAGACGAACAUGAAAACGAACAUCUUGUUAUGGUCGAAAAGGUGUGCAUUGCCUGGUUCACCUUUGAGUACGUUCUACGUUUGGUAUCAGCACCUGAUAAAUGGAAGUUCUUCAAAGGUGUGCUGAACAUGAUCGAUCUUAUGGCUAUCUUACCAUUUUAUAUCACCCUCUUCGUUACCAACGAACAGGUCCUAAAAUUCGAUAAUGUACGGAGAAUCAUCCAGAUUUUCCGUAUUAUGCGAAUUCUACGGAUUCUGAAAUUGGCUAGACACUCCACCGGCCUACAGUCCUUAGGGUUUACAUUAAAGAGAAGUUACAAGGAACUUGGCUUGCUCAUUUUGUUCUUAGCGCUGGGAAUAAUGUUGUUUUCCAGCCUGGAGUAUUUUGCAGAAAAAGACCAGCCACAAACAGAUUUCACAAGCAUACCAGCAGCUUUCUGGUGGGCCGCAAUUACAAUGACCACUGUUGGGUACGGAGAUAUCUACCCCGUUACAGAACUUGGAAAGGUAAUUGGUGCAGUGUGCUGUGUUUCUGGCGUACUGUUCAUUGCUCUACCGAUUCCUAUUAUCGUGAAUAACUUUUCUGAAUUCUACAAAGAACAAAGUAAGCAAGAGAAGGCAUUGAAACGACGCGAUGCUUAUGAAAAAGCCAAGAAAAAUGGUAGCUUGCUCAGCUUGGUUAGCAGUGAUAAUGACGUUGACUUCGCUACGAUUGAUGUUAUCAUUGAAUCAGCAAGGAAUAAGGCUGACAACAAUGCAUGUGAAAAUAGAAUGCCACCUCAAGGAUGUAGUAGUAAGCUCGAAAAUAACCAGGACGCUUCUUCCUGUUGCGAAGCUGUUGGUCUCGAAUUUCAAAUGACACAUGUCGUGCCAGAGGUGGAUGUGAAAUGUCACUCCGCUGACAGAUUGCCGCCACCGAGAUAUCCUAGAAAUCGAAGCCUCAGCUCAACCACUUAUACUGAUCACGCUAACCGUCAGAGUUCAAGUAGUUUGGCAUCUGAUCCAUACACGUCAGUUGACUACCCGGAUGUUCAGAUGUCUCCUCAUCGUCAUAACACGUGCCAUGUACAUGAUGAGUAUGAUACUAAUGAUUUACAUCCAUAUAUUCAUAGACAGCGUAUACCAAGUUUAGGGCAGCUCAAUAGACAACGGGGGAUGGACAUGAUCUCUUCAGAAGUUGCAUCAGAUGGCAGUGAUAGGCUCAUUCCAAAAAAUGAACAUUACCAGCCACAACACAAUGAAUACGAUGUUACACCAACCACUGAUGACGCACGGGAAGCCGAUGAGACAGAGCCACUACUUCGCAGACAUUCACCUUUAAAACAAGUCAAGAACAACGUUGACAACGAAGGCGCUGGUGAUAAUGAUGAAGGUAUCGUAGUGGUGCAGAAGUUAGAUAAUGGAUACACAACGACUUGGAUAAAAGCUGAUCAAGAAGGGAAUGGACCCGUCAGCUCACCGAAAUCACUAAAGCCGGCAUUAAGAACCGCCCUCAGCUCAGGUGAUGACAGACCAAAGUCACCAGCCAGUCCUGAUAUCCAAAGUAUUAAAUGUUCAAAACCAAAACGUGUAACCAUAGAUGAUGAAAAAGAUAAUGAAUCUUCAACAGAUUCGGAGGGUAGCCUAACGGGUAGUCCUCAACCACGACUUGCAAAGAAAUCCGCGGGGAAAGGCAGGUGUCGUAAGAACAAGAUGAGACCAGGCUUGCUCAGUGGCAUCACAACUGGAUUGCGACUGUGUAAUCACAAGCCAUGGCAAAGAGAGCCAUCGUCGCCUGAGCCAAAACCUACCAGUGACAGUUGUGCUUCAGAUGGUCAGAUUACUACCCCACCACGCCAACGAACUAACAGGACUGAUGUUAGCAGAACCGCGUCCGAUCCCUGUAAAGAAGGCAGAACAAAAAUAGCCGAGAAUGGGCAAAGGACCGUCGUUAAAGAUAUAAGAUUUGGAAUGUCGCCAGACCUGACAGCAUACCGUCAACGAAGAAUGUGUAAAGAAAACAAUGGAACGACGUGCUCUCAAAUGAAGUCUCGAUCACUCGAUGAGUCCACUUUGCAUGCUACUGGAAAUGAGAGUAAUCAAGCCAUUUGGUUUCACUACGCCUCCGAGGAUUGGGACAUGCCACUUGCAAGGUCCAAGCCUCAGCAGCCUGUUGAAAAAAGCAGCUAGUGUCAGCGUUAGUUUAGAUGUAAUGAUUCAGUUCGCCAUGCCUUCAUUUUGGUCAAUUCAAAAAGCUUCCGGUAACAACAGAUGGCCCAUCAUAAAAAUACAAUAGGUCUAUAUAUUGAAAUAUAACGUCACCAAUGGUUCUUCUUGUUUUUUUCUGCUCUGUUGUUGCUAAGCGCCUCAAGGUUGUGUCAACGUGAGGCGCUAUAUAAAUCCACAAUUAUUAUUAUUAUUAUUAUUAUUAUUAUUAUUAUUAUUAUUAUUAUUAUUAUUAUUAUUAUUAUUAUUAUUAUUAUUAUUAUUCAGCCUGAACAGAUAAUUAUUUGAAACAGCAUUUUAGACUGGAAAAUAUUUUAUUAAGCAAAAUAUAAAAUGUGAAACAUAACGCCAUUAAAUAUUUGAUAACUAGUGAAAUAAUGAUUUAUUCAGUAAGCCUAGAAAUUAAUGCCCCAGUAGUAUAGGUUUGCCUUUAUACCUCAACACUGCAGAAGAUCAUGUCUUUUAUGCCUUAAGUGUUUUUUUAAAUUGUAAAACGUCGAUAGUCUAUGUACAUAGAGGCCUAUAUAUUAAACGAAAUGUGUGUGGCACUUACAAUCUAUUAACACAUGUACUUGCAUGUAUAUUUACUGAAUGUAUAUUACAUAAUGGGAAAAAAUAUAAAACUUAUAAAUGAUAUGAAGUGAUAUAGGCUACAAUACGCAUAUUAUGUAUAGAUAUUUUCUACCAGAGCAGUGUAAUUAUAUCGGAUGCCAUUCUAUUAUCGUAAAUCAUUGGACAGUACAGAAACAUUAUUUUAGGAAACGAAUACUUUGUCUUGAACAAAAUAUUCUUUAUUCAGCGUAACUGAUGUUCCAAACAAAGUAUCCCUUUUCUGAAUUAAAGACUGUGUUGUCUAUUCUCUUGCGUUUCUCACUUAAUUAUUUUGUGUAUAUUAAUAAUAUAUAUAUAUAUAUAUGAGGAG